ACACACAAACCCAAUAACAACCCAAUAGCAGAAGAGUGCCUUCCAUCGCUUAAAACAAAUGGCGGCAGUGAUAAAAAAAUUCAGUUCCUUCUGCCUACUGCUAGUUCUAUGGCCAUGGAUACCAACGCCAACGACGACGACGACGGCAGCAGCCACAGCAAAUACUACUACCAUGGCGGCCAUGGGCGGUGUUGCCGUAAAGAAGGCCAAACCCAAUUGCGAGGACAAAUGCGGAGAAGUGGACGUCCCAUACCCCUUUGGAAUCCACAAAGGUUGUGCCAUCGAUAAUAAUGAUAGGUACUUCUUGCUCACAUGUAACCGCACCAGUUCUCCUCCGAAACUAAUAUAUGGAACAAACAUCGAGGUUCGCAACAUCGAUCUCGAGAAUGCCACUAUGAGCGUUAUCAUAGAGAACUCCUACGACUGUUAUAACGAGGACGGAGAUUCCUCUGGCUAUUCCGGCGAAAACAUAACAUUGAGUAGUUUCUUCACGUUCUCAAACACUGAGAACAAGCUCAUGGCCUUCGGCUGCGACACGCUGGCGUACAUGACCGACUACGAAAAAAGUUUCGGCAGUGGCUGCGUCUCGAUCUGCAGUAGUGAUGUGAACAUGUCGUCCCAAACCUCGUGUUCGGGCUUAGGCUGCUGCCAGACCUCUAUUCCCAAGCAUCUCGACACUCUGCUCAUAGGACUCCAGAGCUUCGACAACCACUCCGAGGUUCACUCGUUCAACCCUUGCGGGUAUGCGUUCUUGGCGGACCAGAGGACUUUCGACAUCUCCAAAAUGUGGCUCGAUUUUCGGCCGAAAGAUGUAGAAAACUCUAGCGUUUUGCUGGAUUGGGUUGUGGGAAACGAGACGUGUGAGGAAGCUAAAUCGAAUGGAUCGUCCUAUGUGUGCGGUGACAAUACUGAUUGUUACUAUUCGGACAAUGGUCGAGGAUAUCUUUGCCGGUGUUCCAAAGGUUUUAAGGGAAAUCCUUUUCUCAAACAAGGCUGUGAAGACAUAGAUGAGUGCUUAGAGCCAGAGACAUACAAAUGCAGAGAAUGCAAAAACACAUUUGGAGGUUACAAGUGCAAGUGCCCACUUGGGAUGCAUGGCGAUGGAAAAGAUGGAAACUGUCAAGGAUUUAGAUUUACCACUUUUGCUACAGUUAUCGGAGCAAGCAUUUUUUCGGUGAUAAUAGCUAUACUUCUUUUCUACGACUACAAUAGGAGGAAAAGGGAAAAAAUAUUCAAGCAAAACGGUGGUUUGGUGUUAAAGAACCAAAGAGUGAGAAUCUUCAGUAAAGCAGAGCUGGCCAAAGCAACCAAUAACUACAACCAAUCCAAUUUCCUCGGUCAAGGUGGCUUUGCUUCAGUUUAUAAGGGAGUUGUACAAAAUGAAACUAGUACUAGUACUACUGCUACUACUGCUCAACAAGUAGCUGUGAAGAAACCGAAACUUGAAAAGGACGACAAGAACAAUACUUUACAAAUCAACCGCAGACAAUUCCAUGAAGAAAUUGCUAUCGUUUCCCAAGUCAACCACAAGAAUGUGGUCAAACUUUUGGGCUUAUGUCUCGAGGCCAAAGUCCCACUUUUGGUUUACGAAUUAGUACCAAAUGGAACCCUUUCCAAGCACAUCCACGCUAAGAGAUCUUUGUCAUCUGAUAUGUUAAGGCCUUGGAGAACUCGACUACGUAUUGCAACAGAAACUGCUCUUGCCAUUGACUAUUUGCAUUCUUUGGCUCACCCUCCAAUCAUUCAUCGAGACAUUAAGUCGACCAACAUUCUCUUAGAUGAAAACUAUACUGCCAAAGUGUCUGAUUUUGGUGCCUCAGUUUUGAUACCUCCAGGGCAAAAUGGUAUAGCUACAACGGUUCAAGGGACUCUUGGCUACUUAGAUCCUGAAUACUUGACUACUGGUACACUGACUACAAAGAGUGAUGUUUAUAGCUUUGGUGUUGUUUUGAUGGAGCUAAUUACAGGAGAACGACCAAUAUCAAAUGGAGUUAUUAGGAGUGGAGCUAAAAGGAAUAUUAUUCAGUACUUUGUUUCGACGCUAAGAGAGAACAAGGGUGAGAAAUGCGUGGAGAAGAUAGUGGAUCCUAAGGUUGUUUACGAUGAAAAUCACGAAAGGGAGAUAGAGAUUGUUGUGGCAACAAUUUGUCUUUCUGUAAAUGGAAGUAAAGAUCCGACAAGGUUUUGACGUCCAGCUUCUUUUCCGGUGAUGAAACCUGUCUCGGACUCGUCGGGAUUUCCUGCAAGAAAGACACUCCGAUGCCUAAGUCAGUUACGAAUUCGCUCCCUUUUUUCUUCUUAAAAUCUCAUAUUUAUAGGAUAUAGUAUACCCAACAGUUAGUUGGUUCAGUUAGGUCCUGAAAAGGAGGGAGGAGAAUAACUGAAUUUCCCUCCAAAAAUACCAACUUUUAAAAUGUCUCGCUCAAAGGUCAGAGGCACGGACAGCCUCUGACCUACAGCUUCUGCCUUCGGAAUAUCCCUUUGUCUAAACGCUCCGCUUUGAAUAUCUGAUAAAUGAGGCAAGUAUUUCCGGGCCGAACAUUUUGGGCCCAACAGAUGCCCCCUGGCCCAAGCUUUGAACAGAUGUGGUAUGUUAAUAUGUUAGAAUCUUGGGCCGACUCUUCAACACCAAAAGGUUCGCCUAAAGCCGUCAUUCUCCGUAAAUCGAGGCAAUCCGCUGGUGCACGAUCAUUUGAUUACCUGACAGGUUAUACUUAAUGCGUACACAGUUACCAAGUAAAACGUUUGGUUCAAAAUUUCACCUCUCAUUUAAAUAGUUUUUAUUUCAAAAUAUUUCUCAUUCAGAUUUCCAAACUUUGUUCCAUCUUCCGAAGAGAAGCUUGAAAGAAAACCCUAGAGAUUUCCUCCAGCUCAAACCUUCGUCAAUCAUCCCACUCGGUGUGAUAAUGUCUUCUCGUUCAUCUCCCGACCCUGCGGAUCGUGAUGGAUACAAAAAUGCCUUCGAACGCAUGCGCAAAUCGUUCGACAUUCCAGACAACGUGUCGGUGAGGAUGCUCUCGGAGGCUGAGCUUCGAGAGUGGCGAUUCAAGGAUGUAGUUGAUAACUCUAGGAUUUAGAGUUAUUUUCACAUCUUUAAACUUAAUUUUUGAACCAAACAAAAGAGUAAUGAGUUUUUAUUUCUUGUAAUUGUGUUCAAUUUAGUGUGUCUGUGUAGCUAGGGACCUUGUGUUUGCAUUGUCAUAUUUUUCAGUGUUUUUUAUGUAAUUUCUGUGUUGUAUUAAUCAGGAAAGGGAAGCUUACAAAACAGGAGCUGAGGGAACUGUAAAUCAAAGGGAAAUGUUGCUGAAAAGGGGAGGAUGCUAACUCAACAAUGCUGUAGCAGUCAGUCUUAGCAAUUAAACUGAAGCUAGAGAAAAAGGACUUCGUGAAAACAAUGCUCCAGCUGGAUUAAAUGAAGUAGAAAGGUGGCAAGUGUACUGAGUACUGAGUCAGCUGAGUAUGUGGGACAAAGUACAUGUAGGCAAAUGAUCUGGAUUGUCCAAUUAGGGUAAAGGAAAGUACCCUAGAAUUAAAGGAGGAGCCGUAUUAUUCUGGGAUUUUUGGGGGACCAUUUUAGAAAGAGAGAGAACUUCUGGCUAAGUACAGAGGAGGUUUCAGGGAGAAGAUUUGAGAAGAGUACGACCAAAAGAGAAGAAAGAAGGCUGAUGCCAUAAGGGGGAUUUGAGCUCACAACUCAUUCGUCCUACACCAUCUCUUUCUUUUUGUAUUAAUUUCAUCUAAUUUCUGCAAACUCCAUGGAUUACUUCUGUAUUAUUUUCAUGUUUAAGUUUGCAACUAUGAACUAAUU